UCAACGUAUUGAACUUUUGUCGUUAUUCAAGUUUUAUGUAACGAUGUUCAAUUUUUCCGCUUCGUGAAAAGUUGAGCGCCAUUUUUGAAAUAUUGUCAAAAGCAUAUAACUGAGCACAACAUAACAAGAUAACACAUAGUCUCUAACCUCGAACAUUAGGCUGUGCCGGAGAAUCAUUUACGCCAGUUGAUUUAACAUUGCGCAAUACUUAUCAAGUUCAAUUUCAUCUCUGAGUUAUCAAAGACUGAAGUUCCGUGGAAAUUCACGAGUGACAAGUUUUCAAAGCGCUAUACGAUCAUUUGUUUUGUAGCAAUUUUGGAGAGUCAAUGGCAGACCUAAGAACGAUGGCUUGAAAAUAUCGGAGUGGAAUAAAAUCAGUCGUUCAGCACAUUCAAAAAAUAUAAAAAUGAGUUUGACGGUUAUUAAAAGAUAUCUGACAUCCAGUUUGGUCCCCCUUACUCGGCAUUGUUCGACACAAACAAUAAAACCAAUUCCGGAAGUGCCGAAGUCUAAAGGAACCACAGUAGAUUCCAACGAUGUAAAACAACACGGAGAAUUGUGCGACAAAUGGUGGGACCUUGAUGGACCCAUGAAAGCUCUUCAUACCCUCAAUCCCCUACGAGUUCAAUUGGUGAGAGAUGGCCUUGCCAAUGUAGGAUGGAGAGAAGUUAAUCCUGCACAUCCUCUGGAAGGAGUGAAGAUCUUAGAUGUUGGUUGUGGUGGUGGAAUUCUCUCGGAACCUUUGGCGAGAAUCGGAGCCUCUGUAACUGGACUCGAUAUGUCCAAGAACUUAAUUGAACUCGCAAAAUCUCACGCCAUUCGCGACCCAAGUCUGUCAGGACGACUCACAUAUUUGAAUACCUCCAUCGAGGAAUAUAUUCGUACUAAUGCCGGCAUUUACGAUGCAAUUGUCGCUUCAGAAAUAUUGGAACACGUUGCUGAUCAGGAACUUUUUCUCAAGUGCUGUGCAGAUUCUGUGAAGCCUGGUGGCUCCAUAUUCAUCACCACAAUGAAUAAAACAAUUCCCUCGUAUGUGGGUGGAAUAGUAGCUGCUGAGUACAUUUUAAAAAUUCUUCCCGUGGGGACUCACGACUGGAAAAAAUUCAUUUCUCCUGAAGAAGUUCAACGCAUGCUUGACAAAGUGGGAUGUCGAACAAAACUGAUUCACGGCGAGUUUUACAAUCCAAUCAGUAAUCGAUGGACUUGGAUUUCGUCGACUGCAGUUAAUUAUGCCCUCCAUGCUAUUAAAACUGAGGAAAUUAAGAAGUAAUAUAAAAAUAAAUGUAUUUUUCAAGAAUAA